GAAGGAGGCGGGCCCUGCGCGCAGCAUUUUGGGAAAGAGUGGAAUUCUGGGAGCUAGGCCCGCCAUUCGCUUGACUCACGCCUUCGCCGUAGCAUCUUUCGCAGCGGACCGAAGAGAAGAAAAGUAGGCCAGAGCCGAACUCUCUUCCUGCCAAGAUGUCUAUUGGUGUGCCGAUUAAAGUACUGCAUGAGGCCGAGGGCCACAUUGUGACAUGUGAGACGAACACCGGUGAGGUAUAUCGGGGGAAGCUCAUUGAAGCAGAGGACAACAUGAACUGCCAGAUGUCCAACAUCACAGUCACAUACAGAGAUGGCCGAGUGGCACAGCUGGAGCAGGUAUACAUCCGUGGCAGCAAAAUCCGCUUUCUGAUUUUGCCUGACAUGCUGAAGAACGCACCCAUGUUAAAGAGCAUGAAAAAUAAAAACCAAGGCUCAGGGGCUGGCCGAGGAAAAGCUGCUAUUCUCAAGGCCCAAGUGGCCGCAAGAGGAAGAGGACGUGGAAUGGGACGUGGAAACAUCUUUCAAAAGCGAAGAUAAUUUUCUAAGUUGAACAGAACUUUGUCCUUUUUUCUUUCAGGUUAUCUGAGUUCAUUGGAGUGGGUGCUUGUGCAUAUGUGCUAGGUAUCUUUUGCCAUCUUUCUCUUUAGAUCAGGGGAAAUGUUUAAGCUAAAUAAAUCUGGGGGGCUUUUUGUUC